CUGCACUACGGGACCCUCCUGGGCAGCAGAGCUUGUGUCCACAUGGCAGCAGCUGCCUGGGCCACUGGGUUUCUCAAUGCUCUGCUGCACACGGCCAAUACAUUUUCACUGCCCCUGUGCAAGGGCAAUGCCCUGGGCCAGUUCUUCUGUGAAAUCCCCCAGAUCCUCAAGCUCUCCUGCUCACUCUCCUACCUCAGGGAACUUGGGCUUGUUGUGGUCAGUGUCUGUUUAGGAUUUGUGUGUUUUGUGUUCAUUGUGGUGUCCUAUGUGCAGAUCUUGAGGGCCGUGCUGAGGAUCCCCUCUGAGCAGGGACGGCACAAAGCCUUUUCCACCUGCCUCCCUCACCUGGCCGUGGUCUCUCUGUUCCUCAGCACUGCCAUGUUUGCCUACCUGAAGCCCCCCUCCAUUUCUUCCCCAUCCCUGGACCUGGUGGUGUCUGUUCUGUACUCAGUGGUGCCUCCAGGUCACAGACAUGGUGUUCCUUGGUGUCCUAGUAGCCAGAUCAGUGAUCUCUGGGCUGGAGAAUUGGAAGCUGGGUGGGAAGUUGGCUGGACAAUCAAGCCAAAUGUCAUCAGCGGUACAAAGCCCUCCGUGCAGCCAGUUACUAGUAGCAUCCCUCAGUGA